AUGGGGUUUGAGACUAACUUGAUGAAGCCCUUUUUGCGCAAGGAGCUGGAGCUGAAGAUGAAAGCCAUUUGCAAUGGACGAACGACAAAGGCUCGGGUUGUGAACGAAACCGUUGAGCAAUAUCGGAAGGUGUAUGCUCGCAUGCAGCAACAUCCGGGUGUCCUUCCUAUGGCUGUUCGGAAGUAUGUUUUUGGUGAAGUGAUUUGA